GGGCCUUCGGAUGGUGGAGAGGCUGAGUUACCCCCUCCUUUCUGCUUUGCCUCUUUUCCACCGCCACCCCCCUCCUUUUUUUUUUUUUUUUUAGUUUAGUAAAUUAAUGCAGCAAGAAAGUCCCAAGAUCUGGCAAGCCCUAGAAGGGGAGAGGGCAGAGGGGAAAUGAAAUGCAUUACGAGGACACUGAGCCACUUCCUUUCUGAACGCAAUGGGAGUGCUUCCCAAGAAACUUCCCCUUCACUCCCCUCCACUCUGGCCCUGAGCAAUGGGACAUCUUCCCUACAGCAGCAAUAACUUAUUCGGGAGGAAAAUAACCCAGGAAGCUGGAAUCAACAGCAGCCAAACGACAAGCAGGAAAGCAACACGACCGGGACUGCAGCACGGCUUCACACUGACAAAUUCUUGUGGAUGUAAUUAGGAAGACACCCCGGCUAGCAGCAGAGAUUAAAGCCCUGGGUUGUUGAGGGUCGCCCCCCUCCCAUCCAACCCCACCACCCCGAUGGCAAAUCUACAUCCCCUGCAUCUCUCCCAUUCGCCAGCCUGAUGUCCGGAGUGGGAUCCCGCUGAAGGGAGAUCUCAGUGCGGGAAGCCUGGUCCUCCGGCCCCGAGCAGUACUGCAGUGGCGGGGCACAGCGGAGAGGCGGGCCAAGCUAAGCCAAGGCAGCACCGGAGCGGAGAGGAGCGGAGCGGAGCCGCCGACAGAUCCGCAGGCGGCCGCGGAGCGCCGAUCACCGCCGCUGUCCGGGGUGCUGAGCCGCGCUCCCGCCGAACGCUGUCCUCGGUGCUGAGCGGGGCCGCCCUCUCUGCUGCUGUCCGGGGUGCUGAGGGAGCCGCCCCGGCCUUGCCCCCGGCCCAGCCUGUCUCGGGAGGGGUGGCUCGCUUCCCUCACCAAUUCUCCCCAAGUGCCGGGCUACUUUAUUGGCCAACCCCACCGGCCCACCCCUCGCGGAGUACAAAAUAAACACCACAGUGAGAGCUGGAAAAAUGUGCAACGUCAACGCGCUCGGAGUCUACGUGUGGGAGACGAUCGUUUUCUUCAGCCUGGCAGCUUCCAAAGAAGCUGAAGCAGCAGCACGAUCUGCCCCCAAGCCCAUGUCUCCUUCUGAUUUCUUGGAUAAGCUGAUGGGGAGGACUUCCGGAUAUGAUGCCAGGAUCAGGCCGAAUUUCAAAGGCCCACCAGUGAAUGUCAGCUGCAACAUUUUCAUCAACAGCUUUGGUUCGAUUGCAGAAACGACUAUGGAUUAUAGGGUGAAUAUCUUCCUGCGGCAGCAAUGGAACGAUCCGCGGCUCGCAUACAAUGAAUACCCAGAUGACUCCCUGGACCUGGACCCUUCUAUGCUAGACUCCAUCUGGAAGCCUGACUUGUUUUUCGCAAAUGAGAAAGGGGCCCAUUUCCAUGAGAUUACUACAGACAAUAAGCUGCUGAGGAUCUCCAGAAAUGGGAAUGUACUCUACAGCAUCAGGAUCACGCUGACUCUGGCCUGCCCCAUGGACCUGAAAAACUUCCCCAUGGAUGUACAGACAUGCAUCAUGCAGUUAGAAAGCUUUGGCUACACAAUGAAUGAUCUAAUAUUUGAGUGGCAAGAAAAAGGAGCUGUACAAGUUGCUGACGGGCUGACAUUGCCUCAGUUUAUCCUAAAAGAAGAAAAAGACUUGAGAUACUGCACAAAACACUACAACACAGGCAAAUUCACCUGUAUAGAAGCUCGUUUUCACCUGGAGCGGCAGAUGGGUUAUUAUUUGAUCCAGAUGUACAUCCCCAGCCUCCUCAUUGUCAUUCUGUCCUGGAUCUCCUUCUGGAUCAACAUGGAUGCUGCACCUGCUCGUGUUGGCCUGGGGAUCACCACCGUGCUCACUAUGACCACUCAGAGCUCCGGUUCCCGAGCAUCACUGCCCAAGGUGUCUUAUGUGAAGGCCAUAGACAUCUGGAUGGCUGUGUGCUUGCUGUUUGUGUUCUCUGCACUUCUAGAGUAUGCUGCUGUCAACUUUGUGUCCCGGCAGCACAAAGAGCUUCUCAGGUUCAGAAGGAAGAGGAGGCAUCAUAAGAGUCCCAUGCUGAAUCUGUUCCAGGAGGAUGAAGCUGGUGAAGGCAGGUUCAACUUCACCGCCUACGGGAUGGGGCCAGCUUGCCUACAAGCCAAGGAUGGCAUCUCCGUCAAGGGUGCCAACAACAACAACACAGCCAACCCGGUCCCCCCGCCGUCCCGCUCCCCCGAGGAGAUGCGAAAGCUCUUCAUCCAACGAGCCAAGAAGAUCGACAAGAUCUCGCGUAUCGGCUUCCCCAUGGCAUUCCUCAUCUUCAACAUUUUCUACUGGAUCAUCUACAAGAUCGUCCGCAGAGAGGAUGUGCACAACCAGUGAGGGAAGGAGCGCAGCUGGGAGGGAGAGAGCAAUCCUUUAUAUAUGUGCAAUAGCAAUGCAGCAAUGCAUGAAUUUAAGAAUGUGGCAAUAUCUACUAAAAAAAGGGGGGGGGGAGGGGGGCUGGGAGGGACUUUUAAUCACGUGAACCAAGAAUAAGAGGCACAGGGAGGAGAAAACAAGCUCUUGAGUCAGGGAGCGCAAGGGUGGGGUUUAGUUUUACAGCAUAGGAAGGUUUGGAUUGCUCCAGCUGCAAUCCAAGCACUGUAAUAUAUUAAUAUAUAUUCAUGCUUAAUUAUAACGCAAAAGAAAACAAUCAAAAAAAAUGAUGAAAAAAUCCUUUUUUAAAAGCCUAUUAACAGCUUAGAUUCUCAAGUCACUGGAAUGAUCCAUAAUUCCAUGUGCAGAAAUGACCACAUUCACGCUUUAUCUGACUUUUGCUAUAGAAAGGCCAUACCUGUAAAGCACGUGGGGGGGAAAAAAAGCCCUAACAAAAGGGAAAAAAAGGCAAGAAAAUCAUUCUAUGCUUCUCUAGGUUUCACACUUUGAAAACUGGAUAGAUGGGGAAACUUAAGAAAGAGGCUGUGGCUUGUUGUUUAUUUUAUAUAUUUACUUUUUUAGUCACGGGCUUGCUGAUCAAAAUUUAUGACUUACGGAUAGAGGAAAGCAAAUACAUUCUCUCUCUCAUCCCCAUCAGAGAGCAUCCAAUGGAAAAUCCAAGAAGGACAUCAGGGCCUUCAUCAGAAGUCACAGGUACCUUCUGUCUUUUUAAAUGACCUGGCAAGACUCGAGUCCCAGGCAUCAGAAAUACCAUUCAGAUCACUAGAAAUGACAAAGGGUUUUUCAAAUUGCACUUUCUGUUUUCCAAUCCCUGUUCUGCCAUGUUUGUUUACAAUGUGGGGGAUGGAAGCAUUGGGUGAGUUAAAGCAUAAAUUCUAUUUAAAAUGUGGGCACAUUGAUGCCUUGUCACAACAGGAAUGGGCGAACGGCAAUAUUCUCAGUGAGGGGUGGGUGGGGGGAAGGUGUGUACAGAGAGAGCAGUUGUUAUUUUCAGACAUUUCAUAGCAGUAAUAUUAAUAGUGAAGUUGGGCCAAAGGACCCGAAACUCUAUUUUUGUAACUAUUUUGGUGCUGUAUUUAGCUUUAAUGUGGAUGGGAGGAUAGUGCAGGCUGCUUUGCCCCUCUCUUCCCUGAGGAGGCUGGCAGGGUGUGCUGGGGAUGGGGAAGGAGGGGAGGGAAGGUGGGAUAGGGCCCACAUAGGGGAACAAAGAGGUCUUCCUUUGGCCAAGUGUUGGCAGAGGCUGGCAUCGGCGUUUGGGGUGGGGGGGACAUGUUGGGUGUCUCUGGUAUGUUAUUUGGAAGGCCUGGCUUGGGGGAAGCAUGGGUAAGGGUGAUUUGGUCUUGUUUGUUUGCACUUUAGCAAGUCAGGUAAAAGGGAAUGGGAAGGAAGACAAUCAGUCUGCACUGAAGCACUUGGCGUAAGGUCUGGAUUAGGCACUAAAAGGCAGAGAGAUGAGUGGCACCCAAGGAUGCUCCUACUCUCCCUCCAUCUCAUGCUCAGGACUGCUGGCCUGGGCUGCAGGUCUGAUGCCUACACUGGGAGCACAAAGGCUGCUGUUUGCAAAAGCUGCAACCCCAUAGCACCUACAGCAGCUCAUAGCAAAGUGUCCCCAGGCACUGCCAUCCCCAGGUCUGCAGCACCAAAGCAUGAGAUGGGAGGUGGGGACCUAUGUACAGCCACCCAUGUCCCAGCCAGUGCAGCAACAGGCAGCUAUGGGACAGGGCAGUGAGCACGGGGACCCACCAGCUGUCCCAGCAUGGGGUUGGUGCUGAGAGGAGAGAGCAGGAGAGCACCAAGGCUCUCCUAGGCUGGACAAAGGGACACCCAUCUCCAAUGCUGCCAAUUCAGCACCUUUCACCAGCACUAAAUACACUUUACUUAAAAAAAAAAAGAAAAAAAGAAAAAAAGAAAAGAAAAAGGAAAAGAAACAAAUGAAACAAAAGAGGAAAAAAGCAAAAGAACAAGAAGGGAAAAAUAAGAGGAAAAAAGCAACAGUCACUGUGUGGACAAGGGCAAAUGGCAAUAUUUCCUAACAUUUUGGCAAAGGUCGCCUAUCUUUGUCUCCCUUGGCACCGCCGGGAUAGGGAUGGUCAUGCGAUACUAGUGUGAACCAGUACAUCAGCUUCUUUUCUCUAUUCAAACAACAGAAAAGCUGUGGGAUGAGGAUUCCUCCUUCCCCUGGCAGGCAGUGCUUUCUCAAAGAGGGAGAUCUCAAGCUGUUGAGCAGAGCCGCUAUCUGAUGCUAGGACAACUUUCUGAGCCUUGGCUGCAGCCCAAGCCUGCUGCUGGCUCUGGUUUUGCUUGCUGAAUUAUUGAACUCUCUCUGUGUGCACGAUGGCUGGGUGUGCCAACUGCAGGUUUAAGCAGCUCAUCCUUGUCUGAGACACUGAGCAAAAUCAGAGAGUUCCCCCACCUGCCCGACAGCAGAGGAACCACCAUCGUUCUGCUCUGGCUUAGAGGUGGGUCAGGAAUGCAAAGAGCAACACCAGACUUGCCCUAGACUCGCCAAUUGGAGACACAGAUAAGCUCAUGGUCGCUUCUUGGCAGUGGGUAGGGCCAAAGGAAGGCAAACAAGGGACUGGAAAUCAUCAUCAGGGUACCUGUGUUAUCUGUUUGUAUAGACGUACUUUGGCUGAUAGUGGAGCCCAUGGUAGUUUAGGGACAGAAAUAAGAAUGACAUACUUACCUUCUUGCCUCUGCAUCCACUGCAGCUCUGCCAACUACUCAGCACUUGAUGCUCACCAUAAGCAGUAUUACUUUCUCUUCAUUAAGCAGCCAGUUUCCAUUCGGGCCAUCUUCCAGCCCCGAGGCUGCAUGGUGGAAGGGAAGAGCUCACAGCCGGACAUGGAACACGCUGGGGUUUUGGCACAGGUCUGAUGCUGCUGAUAGCUGUCCCACAGACGUUCUGCCAGAUCACUUCACCACAUAAACGAGUCCUUAGGACCAUCCUAGGAGGACAUGGAAAAUCUGUGGGAUUUUCAAAGUGAAACACGAGAAAGCACAGAUGAAGGAAAACGUUUAGUUUCUGUAUUGCAGCAGAACUUGCUUUGAUAACCUAUCUCAUCUCCAAAGCAGGCUGCUUCACUAAUGCCAACAAUUAUAUUUAUUAGUAAAAGGUAUAGGAUUUUGAUAUUGCAGGGCAGCUUCCAAGCAUAUUGAUGCAAUUUAACGUGUUAGCUUUCUUUAAACACUGGGCUCAGAGGCAAAACCUCUGAAUAAAAUCAACAGUGAUCAGUCUGGCAGUGAGGUCCUAAUUCGCUUGGACUCUUUGGAAAAACAAAGCCUUAUCCCAGAAAAACAUUAUUUCCAGAUGUUGCUGAAGAUGUAUCACAUCAUAAGCAGGGUAAGGUAGGAUAGACUUACUAUUUUUUGCUUGGGUAGAUGGGUUUUCACACUUUAAUUCUCAGCAAAAGCAGCUUUCCAGCUUGGAUCCCGGUGCCACGGACAGCCAGGAUUAGGGCUGAAGAGGGUCCAGGGCAGAGCAGGGAGCGUGGGCAGCUGCAGCUGUGAGGCUCAGCCCUGUCGUUGGCCAACACCAACUUGCCUUCCAACACAUGGGCUCACUCCAUGGGUCACGCAUUGCUGCAGCCCUCCUGUCCCAGACCUUUCUGCAAAGUUUCUGUUCUGUAUUUUAUUUUAUUUCCUCCACUUCUGAAGAUCUUUAUUUUUAAGUCAAACUCGGGGAACGUGAAGAACUAUAGAGGACCAUGCUUGGUGCUGGUUGGAAAAGCUUAUAAGCAUAUGUAUUUAUUUUUCAAGAAAGGAAUGUAUGACAGAAGAGUAUUUUAAAUGGCAUCAUAUUUUUCAUGAAUUUUCUACAGUCCUAUUUUUGUACUUUAGUGCCAAUCCUUAAAAAAAAAACACAGCUCCUCUCCCUAUGCCAAAUAACGACAACUUCAACUCUUUCAAUGGCCUGGCAUCUGGAAGCAUCUGAGCCCUGCAAGAAGGCACCUUGCCCUCUCCUGCCUUAUCUGGGGGAAAUGUGGAUGGUACCUUCUGAUGUUUCUGCUUCUCAGUGCAUCCCCAUCAUUUCUAUAGAGGCAGUAAAUGUAAGCAGAAAAUGAGUCACUUGACUGCUCUUCAGAGUGCUGAGAUGAGCACAAAAGCAGAAGCUAACAGUCAUUAAUUUAACAUCUCUAAAGUUACUUCAGGUUCUUUACAUCUUCACAGCCCCUCUCCUUCACCUGAACAAGGUAUUUCUUAAUGGCAGUUUAACAUCUCACUGAACCCAGCCCAUGAGUCUCUUACCUCAUUCAGAAGUAUCACUUUCUGCUGCAUUCACCUCCCUUCCUCCUUCCCCUGAGCUCUCAUUUCUGGGGGGAUACAUUCCCCCGCUCAGCAGCCUUUGAAGGACCUGGCAUGGGUUGGUAUCUUGGGAAAUGCAGAAAGAAAUAGAAGAACAGCAUUCCUGCAAGCAGUCAGGGCAGCAGCUACCAGGAAGGCUCCCCUGCAGCAAAGCGCACAUGAAAAGCAUGAGGGUGGGUCAGCAGCAUCCCUUCUGACUGUGCCCUGUGUGAAAGCAAAGUAGGUUCUCGUCUUCCCAGCAUCCUGCCACCAGCAUAAGGCAGAAGAAGAAACAGCUUGCUGUGAAUUAGGCAGUGUGUGAGGAUGUUUUGUGCAGAGCACCAGCUGGCAGCAAUGCCAGGCACUGCCUUGAGCUGCUGGGGAGAUGCUGGUGCUCACACCAAGUAACCCCCCAGAAGCGCUGGGCUGGGCAGCCCUGGAGGAUAGAUGAUGUCAGUACUGAGAGAGCACUGAAGGACACAGCCUGGACUGGUGAUACUGGAGUUUGUUCAGCAGAGAGAUGCACAGGGUGAGAAAUCCUGCCUGGAAUCUCUGUCAUUUAAGGCAGAAAAUGACAACACGUGCCAUUGUCAAAGCUGUCAACAGGAAUUAGACUAUAUGGAGCAAAUGGUGACCACUGAGAAACAAACCACAGUCACAGCCCUCAUGCACUUCAGUGUCAGACUUCUAAACAGAAAUGAUAACAGUGUCUUGGCAUUGUGGUAUGGCAUCCCCUGGACCUAUUGGAGACAGAGCCCUGAAGGCCACUCUGGGACACAGCAGAGUGUCCCAUCACUCCUGGCAGUGAUGGGGAUGGAGAAGCCAGGGCUUGACCCAGCACGCACUGGGAAGAGCCUCAGCAUGAGAAGCUGCCCUUUGGGGGAAGUCAGGGAUGGCCUCACAGCAGCACAGGGAUCCCAUCAUCCCCCAAAGCAGUGCUGCUGGGAUCUGAAGGCUGUUCUUAGCACUGGCACCGCUGCUACCAGUGGCAAGAAACAAAGCACAAGGAAGAGACACCUCAGUCGCUUGCUGGUAGGGCAAGUACUCAGCAAGGGGAAGGGAUACAGAAUCCCACCACCAGUUCCCAGUCUGAGGUUGAAGGACAUUGGCACUGCCACUAUAAAACCAGUCAUCUUUAACUGGGCAUGGAAUGAUACCACCGAGAGAAAAAAAUCAUAAGUCUGGCUUGAAAGUAGAUUCAGUUUAUAGAUUUGCCGCUCAAAAUGUAUAAGCAGCUCAUGUCAAACAAGGUCACCUGCAGAAAGAACUUGGCUACACCCACCUGGGGCACAAGGCACUGUCACUGACUAUGUGCCUGGCUUCGUGCUGCAAGCCAUGCCUUUAGUGCUGCAGGUGAGUGAAGCUUGGCACAGGCAGGGACAGGUAGAGCCAGCCUGGAGCUGCCAGGGCUGAAGGGCACAGAACUGAGCACCUCAUGCUGCUGGAGCUUUAGGGAGCGGGGUCACAGACAGUUAGUACUGUAGCAUGAUGGAAUGGCCUUCCCUGGGGGAGGACAGGUCUGGCUUAUUUAGGCACCCCAGUACUGGGGCACUGUCAGCUCCAGUGUUUUCACCAUGUCACGUGCAAAGCAAUGCUUUGUACUGCAGACCAGCUGAGCAAGCUGGCCAGGGUUAACACAUGACAGCAUUUGGGCACUAAAUUAUAGCUGCGGGUACAGAGCAGGUAGGAGCCUAAUUCACCCUUGCAGUGAGGAUGCUCUCAUAUUAAAGGUAGAGACCUGAGAGCAGCCUUGCUUAAAUCAGCAUUGCCCUGCCAUGGUCCUGCUGAGAACAACAGGCUCUGACUUCCAGUACUGGCAGCAGCAGGGCUUGGGCAUUGGGGGUCAUUGCUUGAUAUGCAAUCCAUAAAUAAUCCUUGUUGAAGUAAAACUAUGCAAUGCUAAGCAGAUUGGGUCAAGGAGGUAACUCAGCCACGUCUCCUGGAUAUGCACUUAGACAUUUUUAGGACUAUCCUCAUCACAGUUACCUGUAAAAUGGGGAAGAGCCAACACGAGCCCCUGUGGAGCAGAACCAGCUCUGGGGUAUGUGACAUGCCAUAGCUGAACGCAGGUGUCAUGACCACAGCUGUUCAUGAAAGGCUGCAGUGAGAAUUGAGCAGAGGACCCCAAGUUCAUCUCACUGCCUAAGAGAGGGGUGAGGGUGGGGAUUGAGGGAUGCGAGGAUGAGCAGAGCAGGGCUCAGGCAAUGGACAGGAGCUUCUAGGGCUUACUCUUCAUUAAAUGCAGCCACGCUUGCAACCUCAGCCCACAUAGUCCCUCUGAAGGCUGAGGCUGUAAGACACAGCUGAUGGUUUCUCAAGGGUGAGAAUUCACAAGGCUUGAUGCGUCCCAUGGGCAAGAGGUACAUUACAGGCAGCAUGAGCUCUGAAACCAAACCUCGAUUAACCAGCAGCAAUGAAAGGAAGCUGAGGAGAAGGGACAACAGCAGUAAGUGUAAUUACGUGCCGAAAAACAUAUCUCCUUGAACAACUGAUCCUAAGCUGAGGGACACCACUACAUCCUUCACAAGCAGGAGUGAAAUGAACAUUCCUGGCAAGUCCUCAUGUGCAAGGAUGCAUGCACAAAUGUGCAAUCAAUUUCACUUAAAAACACACUAAUGAAUUGAACCAUCAGUACACACUCAUUUGUCACUUUGUCCAAGUAACCAGGGCCAGCACUACAGGGCCACAGUCACUGUCACAGAGCUCAGCCCUACAAGUAAUACUCAGCUCCAGGCUGGCCGCACAGCACCUUUGCAGAAUGGAGCACAAUUUCUUCUCCCUUGUGCUCACCUGGGCUGGGAAACAACCAAACAGUGGCUUUGAGACACUCUCCUCUGCCUACAAUGAACUUGCACUGCUUCCUUUCUCUCCUGCUAUUCCUAAAUCCAAGUAUGUUUCCGUCCAUAACACUUGUGCUCUUCUGAUGCACAGUUCAGGUCAGAGGUCAGCAGGGAAAAGAAGCUCAGAACAGCAUAGACCAAGCUGACAAAUCCCUGUUAGCCAACUCAAAGCAGAGGACUGCAAGACAGCACCCACACCUCAGGGCAAUGCCCCCUCCGCAGUCCUCCUGCGCUGAGCUGCAUUACUAAGCAGGGCAGGUGAAAGACACAUGUAUUUCAAACCCUUGAUCAACACAUCCCUGCUGAUGUAAGGAGGUUAACACAGGGAUCUGUCAGCUUCGGAAUUCUUUGGAAGGGUCCUUUUUUUUUGAAUAAAAAAAAGGAUAAAAGUGCAAACAACAACAUUCUGUAAGAACCUGAACGGAGGGUCUGAAAUCCACCUCCUCCCUGUGGGGGGGAAGAGUGAUCCAUUGGGCUUGAACUCUGCCUGUGAGCCCAUCCUGCUGAGUCAGCGCUCAGUGACUGAGGCAUAAGGCAGCAGACAGCCACCUCCAGAGCCACGCGAGGUGACGGACACUGAGGCACAAAGGCCGGCUGACACAGCUCAGCACACACACACGUGGAGUAAGCGAGCCUGAAAUGCACUGCUUGGAGCAUCUCAUCCCUACUGUGAAAUGGAAUUGUGUUUCCUGAGCCUGGAUGGGGUAUACUGACAGCAAUGAUCACAGCUAGAGCUCACCUCCUCUUUCAUGGGCUUAUUGAGCUGCAGGAAAGAGAUGACUUUCUCAAGGGAACUUGGAAGGCCACUGUGCUAAAAGCCAUUCACACGUGCGUUUGAGCGGCAGUGAAACUUCAGUGAAUUAAGACAUUCACUGAGCCAUUUAGAGCUGAAGCAGACAAUGAGGACUUCACCAAAAAAAAAAUGGCCUGACAUGCAAAGGUCACAGCGCAUUUCAUCGCGGUUUACCAUCCCUGCAGCAUUGGUGAGCGCCAUUCUGGAAGCAGCCUUUGAAACCCAAAAGAUGCACAAAGCUGGCCCGAGCGGCUGCUUGCAGCCACCCACCUGAGAUAACAGCAGCCACAGGCAGGCACUACUGACCGUUGGCAGUGACGCUGUAUGGACUGUGUUGUCUCCUCACAUUGACCACGAUGUACAGCAUAUCAUGCUUAUUAUAUUAGAACUGAGAUGAAGAGUAAUGAAAAAAAUCUAUGCGUAAGCGAUAUAAAGAAGGAGGGGAGGACCCGGGAAUUUCUCCUUUCCGACCUUACAAACGCACACCCAUUUACAUUGUUUUGUAAAUGAAUUUAUCUUUAGCAGAAAAAAAAAAUAAAACUACUUAAGAUAUUUCUGUUCGAGACAACCAUUGCACAUUUGGUUUUACUUCGGAGGGGAAAUACAAACACACAGCAGGAAUACUUUCUAAUUGAAAACAUACAAAAUAAACAGAAGUGGGAAUGGUUCAGCACAGAGCGUGUUUUCAUUGCGGCCCUUAUAAACGCAUCUCAGUUUCCCAGCAGUAUCCACCUCAGCAGCACAGAACCUCCUAUCUCUGAAGGAUACCUCCCCCAAACUUAAGAACAAAGGAAGCCAAUGAAGCAGAUGCGUUUUGCCCUAUUUUCUGUCUCUCUCCCAUCUGUGAGCCAUUUGCAUGAAGAAAACCUUUGUUUCAAAAGCUUGCUUGACUUACUAAAGCUCAUUUGUUCCAAAAUAACAACAGAGCCUUGAUACUGUUUAUACCAGGGACAGCCCAGGGCUCUGACAAAUGAGCUGGGCUGGAUUUGGCAGCUGCAGUGUAAGAGGUUACCAGCAGCCCCACCCCUGGGCCAGAAGUCACCUUCCGCUCUCUGCUGGAGCUCAGCAUGAAAACAUGAGGUUUGUCAAUAGAGAUGGAGAGCAGAGGUGUGGAACGCACCUUCCUGCGAAGGGGCAAGGCAGACACCUGUGGGCUACACCUCCCUUGGCAUUCCCACCCAUCAGAGCCCGCUGAUCAAUGCCUUUCGUAGACACUAAAUCCAGAUUUGAACUCCACUUGCGAUGUGUUCAAGCUCAGGAUUCAGGUGUUUCUGCCCAUCGUGCAGAAAGGAUGGGCAGCAAGGCUGGACUCCCCAGUCACACUGAAGCCUCAGCAGCAGCAGCAUUAAAACCACCCCGUGUUCAUUCACUCCUAAGCACAGGGAAAAAGAGGAGCUGCUGCUGCUAAGAGAACCAAAUUCAACUCCCACUAAAUAAAGCUCUAUAAAACAGAGGGAGAAAUAGCUCACAUUCACUUGUUUCGGGCUGCUUCCUUACAAGGUGAAUGCUAAAACACCAUCAGCUCCUCACAAGGGAUUGCCAGAAAAGUAUUCAGUCGAUUAAUCACUCUGGAGUUCAGGUGAUAGGGAAAAGCAGGCAGAUCUGAUGUGCUCUCCAAGCACCUCUGCACGAUCACUACCAACAGCUUCCAGAAGAGAUACUGGAGAAGGCAGUUCUCACAUUGCUUUCCCCUCCAAGGGUGGGGAAAACAUAGAAUCUUAAGACAACAGAAUUCUUCCAAAAAGAGCUUAACACAAAGUACUCCUAUGUCUUUUCCCUACCCACAUUAAAAAUAAACCUUCCUUUUCCCUAUGAACGCAGUCCAUCUGCAUGCACGAGGCUGGCAGGCACUGCACUCCAUGUAAGGACAUUGUGCUACACCUUGCAGAGCACAAAGCAGCUGCUUCCUUAUGAGCAGCAUUGCAAACACACGCUGCAAUGAACCUCCACCUCACACAGCUUGCAUGGCCAUCCAGAUACAGUGGCAGAUAUUUCUUCUCUGGCUCUUAAGCUUUGGAAUAGAAAGCAUUUCAGCAAUUUCAAGGUGGAACAACAGGAACUUCACUUUCCAUGUAUACAGUUACUGAAGCAUACAUCCACACUGAUUCCAAAUUAAGACUUUUACUAGAAUUCUCUCUAUAGACAUCUAAUCAGCUCCCAGCCCGCGCUGCUGGUACAGCUGUGCCAAUACAGCAUCUGCCUGUGCUAACAUAACAUGCAACGAAAGCAAGGCAGAAGACCAGUAUUGCUGUUAAACCCUUUGUUCUGAACCAUCUCCCCUAGCUGUGACCUCCUGAGUUCCACCCCACACAGCAAUUCCCUUAAAUUGUCACACAAGGUGCAGCAGGUCCUGGCAAGAAACUUAGCUCAUGAGGCCAGGAGUUGCAUAGAAAAGAGAAGGGGGGGGGGAUUUCCCCAUGCCAUUUUUGCAACUACUGCCCAGCAUUCUUUAUACAUCACCUUAAAAUCCUUUGGAAAAUGAACCUACCAUGGUGCAGACACUCAAAGGGAUAUCUGGGGAUGUGAAUAGACCACCACUGACACUGAAUCACACUGAAUCGAGAGAGACAAGAAUAAGUGUUUUCCUUCAACAGCCAGGUGGCUUCAUAGUGUCUGAAUGCAUCAGUGCAGCAGCAGAUCCCACCUGACAUGGCAAGUGGGAUUCUGUGAAGGAACACAGGACAACAUUCAGCCCUUCAACUCUGAGAAGGCAUCAACAGCUCACAGCCUGUUAUCUUUAAGACAUGGAGUUUGAAAGUAUUUGGAUUGCUUUCUGCCUCCCAAGAUAAGCUAUUAAUACCUUGCCACUCACACACCCUUUUUAACCCACCUCCCACACAACAUGCAAACAAGAUUAUCAGGAUCUUAAGAGAGUCGUUCUUCCACGUUACCAGCCAAGGGAAGAAUGGCACUGCAUGGAAAUGAAAUAACUAUGGAGAUCAUUUGUGCAUGCUUUAGCAGGAAGUAAUUAGGGAAAUUGCCAGUGUGUCAUUUGCUCUUAGCCCCAGGCAGCACAUGAAGAAAGAACUAAAAAUACAGUUCGAUCAAAAAUAGUCAGAUGCAGAAAGAGAAGCUGCUGAGACCAACUCCAAAUCUUCAUGUUUGAACCGAGAACCAUCCACUUCACCAAGGAAAGCAGGCUCCCCUGUGUACAGGAUAUCCCCGCCACUGCUAAGGAAUGCUGUAGUUUCUCCUCCAGAUUCAUGUCAGAGCCUGCUGGAAGCAGUGUGCGAGCACACAGGCUGUUUCUUACUCCAGUAAAGAAACUUAUUUCUACACAUCCUACCCUAUGCUAUACAGAUCAGUCAGAAGAGACCAGGGCAGAGAUCUUGCCAGGCAUACAUAAAAGCACUGCACCCUCUCAGAUCAGUUAAGGUAAGGGUUGUGAGAUGGGCCUAUGCACUGUGCAUGUUAUUGUAGCAGGUGAGAGAGCAGCCUUAAUGUAGACUACAUAGACUAACCAACUUUCACUACCAUUUUCUAUUCUGCAGCACACUGGACAUCAAGAAUAGUUCAAAGAACCCAAGAUUCACCAUUCAAUUAAACCAGAGGUGCUAGCAGGGAACAUGGCAGUUCUGCUCACUUGAAAUUUCCUUGUGGCAUUUUCUGUCCCAGAAGAGCUUCUGGACUUUAAAUAUCAGACAUUACCUUUGCUGUAGGUACUGCAGCCUAAGUGCAGCCAGAGACAACCAAAUCACACCUUCACCAUUAAAACACGCAAUGCAUCGAAGACUUCAGACAAUAGAGGUUUUAACAGCACAGUCCAUGCACAAACCAGAAGGGCACGAGGCUACUGAGCUUUAAACAAAACAGCCAAUAUGAAGUUUCACAGGUCUUUUCAGCACAGUUGGUUAUUUGCUAAGCACAAAACCACAACCACAAAGAAAGACAUCCUUAAGCAUCACUCCAUGUUUUGUUUGAGAUGCUUCUGAGAAGUGUUUCUGCACAAGAUACCCAAGAUAAAGGUUUCUGUAAAUAUUUUUAUUUUACCUGUCAUCUUCUCUGACAAGAUCACUCUCUGGGUCUUACUGCUUAACAAAUUGAGUAUGAUUAAUACAAAACCAAGCAUACACUUCACUUUACAGGCUUCAGUUCUUCACUGACAUUCCUCAGUUGUUUCUCAGCUUAGAUGAAAGUGAGCCGGAACGGUCUGACUCCACCACUACAGAAAAGUUGGGUUUUCAUGUUUAUGGAUGCUUCCACAGAUUUUAAGAGCAAUAGAAACUUUUAUUAAUAGUACCUCCACAGUUGGGAAGUGCAACCUGUUACUGCAGUCUUGGAUUUAACAUCAAGAACACCAGAAACAACAUAUGAGAAUUAAAAAAGAACACAAACAAGGACAGUUCAGUGAAACAGUUGUGUUGCACACCUUCACUCGAUGGUCAUUCCUAAUGAGAAGAGCUGUUUCUUUUUUUCCCCAAAGAAAAAAUAAAUACCAGUUACCACCACAAGAGGAAGCAGUCUGCAUUUCUAGCACUUCUGGCUGUGAGAGGGCACACACACCACAGCUGUUACUGUUGCACUUCAGCUCUCCUCCACUUCAUUAAGACAUCUGAGAAACAUUCAUAAGGAGGGAAAUGAUGCAACACUAAAGAUGAAGCCAAAACAGAACAAAACCCAACACUCUACUGACAUUCAGUACAACCAGGUUCAACCACUACGUUUGGCAAGUAAGUGACAGUAAGUUACUGCUCUGUAACAGGUAAUACCUACCCACUCUUUGUAGUAGGGCAGCUUUGCUCUAGCUUUAGAGCAAACAAAGCAAAGAGGUUAUAUUAAUAAACCAAGGAAACAUGGAAACAGUAAACCCUAGCACAGAUAAAAAAGCUUACUACGCAGCUCUUAUAUAUAAUCAAGAACUCUGAGGUCUGGUGUAAACUCAAGACUGCCGUAUCUAUCCAGAUAUUUACACAGAAAUAUGAUGCUGUUUUGUGUAAUAUGAUCUUAAAAUCCCCGCAAUUGAAAUUUUAUCAGUUUCAACUUCUUUAGGAGUACUGGAGAGCAUUCAAUGUAAUAAUUCCAGGACAGAGAGGCACCUUCUGUGCUUAUGCCAUCUAUCAGGUCUGGCAGAAGCAGGGAAUUAAUGCCUCAGUGGCAAAACUAUCACUUACAGUAGAGAGAAACAAAGAAUGUGACAGAAGUACUUCUCCAACAUCAGUAAUGGAAACUGCCCAGCCUCAAAAGCAAAGCUUUUGAAUUCUGCAUCCAUGAAACACUUGUUUUUGAUUAUUCAAAUGCCAUCGAACUGAGGAAGAACAGACAGUAUUACAGACUUGAGCUAUAACCACCUCUACCUAGCAAACCUAGCAACAGAAGGAAGUACAUCUUCCCCUUGGAAGAACUCCAGCGUACUCUUGACUUGAUAAAGCAAAUCUAGACCUUUUUUAUUAUUUUUUUAAACAAUUUGCCAAGACUGGAAUGAGAGAUAAAUAGAAGGCACAACAAUUUUGCUUUUUUUUUAUACAAAUA